CUUUCUUAUCUUAGAGUAUAAUCAAAAUAGAUGUGCAUGUGGUAACAGCGCAGAACCAGUUUCUCAUGUUUUUAUGCCCAGGAGCAAUGUAAAAUCUAAGUAUAAACAAGUGAGUUAAGUUUAAUCGCUGUCUAACUGCAUGAACUACUAGUAUCCUCAACAACAAGGUAAAACCUUGGACUUUUCUCUGUGUUUGCAAAAUGGAAUAAACAUGAGGCGUGUCUUGAUCUACCACUUGAUAAGCCUCGAUUAAUAUUAACCGACUACUAGCCUAAAGUUGUUUCAGAUGAAUGCGGAACUUUGCCAUUGCUUAACUUUAUACUUAACUAGUCCAAUGCACACCACACCUGGCUGCUUUCAACACACACUGGCCUUCUUUCAACACAAAGAAAUGCUCAGAAAUAAACUGGAAGGAAACUGACUUUGGCUUUGACUCAUGUUUAAACCCCUCUAAUCACUUCUGCAAAAGAUUAGAAGGGCUGUAAAGUUACAGGGUUAAAUCCCUCAAGUGGUCCUGAGGAUGUCACACGAAACUGCUACUGAAAUAAGAAUGGGGGAGUUUGAGAGCGGUGGUCUGGGCCGGGUCACGGUGUACUCCAUCCAGGGCUGCCCACACUGCAUGCAGGCUAAGGCCACCCUCGGGCGCUUGGGAGUACCAGUGUGUGACGUGGACAUCGGUGUUCAUCCUGAGCUGAGAGGGCGAGUGAAGGAGCUGACAGGACGCAGCACGGUCCCUCAGAUCUUCUUUAACAACAUUCACGUUGGGGGUAAUGAUGAUCUGCAGAAACUGGCUCCUGAAGAGCUUCAGAGGUUGGUGAGUCUGGUCAAGGAGGAGCCUCUUCCAGCAGAUGCUCCACCGUUACCAGAAAAGAAUCAGUCAGAGGACACAGCUGGAGAGACCGAUAGAGACUUUAUGUGUGAGAAAGAUGAGUUGGCGGACCUGGUAGAGGACCUCAAACAUGGCAGUGUGAUUGGCUGCCAUAGGAAAGGACUGACUUUAUACAAAAAGACCUUCACAGGCAAUGAGCUGGUUGACUGGCUGCAAAAAGAUAAGAGCAUGGCCAGGGCUGAAGCCUGUAAAACAGGCCAAGCAUUGUUGCAGAAGAAGUACAUGGUCAGUGUGAAUGGCAGUGGGCAGCAGGACAGCGGUUUUGGGGAAGGAAAAGACGCCAUGGACACACUGUACAGGCUACUGGAGGAUGACCCUCAUUCAGCUCUCAACGCAGGACAGACUGCAAGCUGCAGUCCCAUACAGGCUGCUGAGCUGUCUUUGCUUUUACGGGACAUGAUUCUGAAAUUGUUCUCGGAGCAUCUCUCUGCCGAUGGCAAGUCUGUGGACUACAAAGGCAUGUCAAUGAACCCUGCGUUUGAGCGUUACUGUGAGCUAGCCAUUCAGCUGCAGAGGGUGGAGCUGCUCUCUCUGAGCCGGGAGGAGAAACUGGCCUUCUUCAUCAACAUCUACAAUGCCUUAGUCAUCCAUGGGAACCUUCGUCUAGGGGCCCCCACCAACAUGUGGCAAAGAUACAGAUUCUUCAACUAUGUGAGCUACCUGAUUGGAGGAGAAGUAUUCACAUUACAAGACAUUGAGAACGGUGUUCUGCGAGGGAACAGAAAAGGAAUCGCACAGCUUCGACGGCCAUUCUCCAAAACAGACCCUCGACUCCAGAUGGCGCUUCCAGACGCUGAGCCGCUCAUUCACUUCGCCUUGAACUGCGGCGCAAAGGGCUGCCCACCUAUUAAAACAUACACUCCCCAGGACAUUGACAGCCAGCUCCGCACAGCAGCCGAGGCCUUCCUGGAGAAUGAUGACGGCUGCGUGGUAGAUUCUGGGAAAAAAGAAGUGCGACUCAGUCAGAUAUUCAAGUGGUACAAGGCUGACUUUGGAGGCACUGAUGAGAAGCUGCUGAACUGGGUGCUGGAACAUAUGAGUGAAUCCCCGAAGAAGACCAGCCUGCAGGGCGUCCUCUCUGCCGGGAAGACCAAAGUCAGCUUCCUCCCUUACGACUGGAGCGUCAACAGCAGCCACUGAGCAUGCAAACGCAUACACGCCCGGCUAUAUGCUAUGUUUCUUUGCAUCUAUCCACUUUCUACUGAGCUGCAUCUAUUUAAAACCAGAUGAUUGGUGAUGGAGCGUGCACCAAAUGAAGUCCAAGCAAAAAAAAAGCAAAAAAAAAAAACUAGUUCCAGUGGUGAGGGGGGCACAUUUGCAGUGUAUCAUCACAUCCUACUUCUGAAGGCUUAUUCAAGCAUUAAAGUCCUAUUGUAAGCCCCUACACCCAUAUUUGGAUGCUAUAUAUAAGUAGUACAUGAUAUUUUAUGGGAAGGACAUAUUGAGAACAGAGUAAUUUGCGCACAAAAAAUUGAAUUAAUAGCAUAAAACAGGACAUUAAUCAUACUGCAUUAUUAACUUCAAUCUUCAUUUUCCCUCCAUGCUCUCCAGUCUAUCAGCAACUCAGGAGUCAUAGAUUAUUGUGAUCAUCUUAUCCAACACUGGUUGGUUUAUUCAUGUGGAGCAUUUAAUUACAGCAGAUGGAGAGGAUAACCUGUAUCCAAGCACACAGCCUUGACAAGCCAUAUCAAACCCCUAAGAACUUACAAACCCACUCAUUCAUGUGUAGCGAGCUUCAGAUUUUUAGUCGGUCAAUUGUUCAAACAGCAUUUUUAACCGACUGGUGUAAAGACGUUGAUGUUGCGUUCACUGGAAAAGACAGUAAAAGCUAAACAUUAGUAAACAAUCUGUGAUCUAGGUUUACUGUCAGGCACUUUUCCUUUGGACAUAUCAAAUCUGGUUAGCUGCUGCAGCUGUCUUCCCUUUUGAUCGACACAAGAUCGACUGAAAGUGCAGUGAUUCACUACCUGAAUUAAAAAGAACAGCUGCAUUGUGUUUGUUUAGAACCCACAGACAAAUACAGAUGUCUUGAUCAGUUUUCAUUCCUACCCCCCUACAUGGAUGCUUAACCAUCUUUUUUGAUCCAAGUCUUCCAUUGUAAAUUGAAAAAGUGCUACUGCUGUGUUGUAAGCACAGCAAUUUAGUAAGAAAAAUACUAAUAUUGUGAAUUAUUGAAAUAUUUAUCAGAACUACACCCAUUUGGGAUGCACUCUGACACUUUGCAUGUUUACUGCCAACUCUGAAUGCUACUGAGAUCUGUUUGUACUUUUUUUCACAAUUGUUCAUCGUUGGUCUAUAUGUGAAUAAUGUGCUGCGUUCAUCCAGCUGAUUAUUCCAGCAUGUCUGCAGAAACAAAGAGAAAAUCUCAGUCAUACCCAGUCUAGAAUUCUACAUUACCAAAUCAAUUGGUCAUUAACACAGUAAGUAUAGCAGUUUUGAUUUAUUGUUAUUACUUGUAGGUUGUUGGUGUGUUGAAUUUCCAUCUGAACAGGUUUACAAAACAACAUUGUGUCACUGAAAUUAAUUUUACCUGGCCUUAACUGUUUUUAAGAUACAUCAUUAUACAUUUUCUGGUGCAUUUCUCACCAAUUAAGUGUAUAUAGCAUGUUAUGUGUUUUCCUAAUUUUGGAUUUUCUUAUCUCAGGUCAAGCCAGAUUUCAGGUUGUUUGAUGUCCUCAAUGCACUGUAUGCUGCAUGUUGUUUUCUAGUCUAAACAAUCUCCGCUCAUGUUGCAUUGUCUGUAUUCAUCUGCAGAAACAUUGUCAUGCAUUUGAAUUCUGCACAUUACUGUAAAUGUUUUACUUUUUUUUGUCUUAAAGCUACAAGCAGCACCAAAGCAAAUGGUUAAAUUGGCAUGCAUCAGAGCUGGAAUGCAAUCGCUGCAUGAGGUACUGGAAAACCCUUCGAUCUUGAAUGCUGGCCUGUAGCAGGACUGCUCCUCUAUCACUGCUUUGUUCUUAGCCUGUAAGCUUAGCCAUAAGAAAUAGUUGGACCUCAAGUGUCAUUUAAACCCGAUAUCGAAAUACAGUAGUUCCACAUUUGUUAGUCAAUUAAACUGAUAACUUAAUUGUACAGAUUUAAAUAUUCUUUGAAAACGAGCCUUCAGCUACAAAGUGCACCUUUGACUUUACUAUACUGAACUCUACUAUAGAGUGAGAAGGAAAGACACUCUGUGGACUAAAGUGAACAGAACAAAAGGAUUUUAUUUACGUAUAUUGAUGCUCCCUGUACUUUUUUUCAAAAAUUUACCUCAUGUAUCAGGAAAAUGUGAUGCAAAAACUUUUUUAAACAAGCAAUUCUAUUAUAAUCAUUCUAUUUUCCUCUUUCCUGGGGUUAAGCAAUAUGUUCAUGACUAGUAAAUAUGCAAUGCUGAAUUAAAAGUAUAUAUUGAGUCGG